AUGGCUAAGAUGCAAGUAGGCUUAGAAGGUCUAUUCGACUCUUGUCCGUACCUUAUUCAACUGAGCCCGCUAGACCCUAAGAAUACAAAUCUCAAUUGCACUGGUAUUAUCUACGAAUACAACAAGUUUUUCUUCGUCGCUAUCGAAGAACAGCUUUCCAGAGGUCACGGUCGCCGGCUCCUCUUUGGUUUCCUCGCAUUGGACGCUGUUGGACCGUAUCUUAUGCACGAGUGGUUUUCCCUAGAUAAAGAAGAGAUUGACGAUAUCGGAAUCAGCGCUUGCAAGAUGACUGGCCGCUGGACACACUACAGCCGCAUAAUCCAAGAGAUGCGGGUACAAGGGUUCUCAGCAGCGAUGGAGGUACAAGAAGCGAAGGAGAAGAUAGAGGAAAAGGGCAACUUGUUAAAUCAAGACAAGGCCAGGGCCAUGUUGGACGUGUCACUCGGAAACGCUGUCAUGAAGGUUUACAAACUUUGGAGGCGCGAAGAACGGGCAGCGGGCAUAGAAGGGCAGAAGUUCAUGGAUGAGUUCAUGGUGUUUGACGAUUGA